ACAAAGCAUGUAUACAUGCAUGACCAUAUGUUACGCAAUUGUUUGAAAGUCUUGUUUCCUUUUAUUUCGUCUUCAGCAAAUAAGAGAUUGGUCUACGAGGAGGUCAAGAAGACUGUCGAGAGAGAUCGAUCAACAGUUAAGGUGUCUGAAUUGUCCAGACAUGGGCUUAUGGAGAUUACAAGGAAAAGAGUUCGACCUAGUGUGACAUUCAUGAUCAGUGAACCAUGUGCAUGCUGUCAUGGGACGGGGAGAGUGGAAGCUUUAGAGACUGCAUACUCUAAGAUUGAACGUGAAAUUUGCCGGCUGCUAUCCACAAUGGAUCAGAAGGCAGACCCUGAAAACCCCAAGUCUUGGCCCAGAUUUAUUCUCAGGGUUGAUCAGUACAUGUCUAACUUUUUGACUUCAGGAAAGAGGACAAGGCUAGCAAUCUUGAGUAGUUCUCUAAAAGUGUGGCUUCUUCUAAAGGUUGCUAGAGGUUUUACAAAGGGAACCUUUGAGCUAAAACCUUUGACAGGUGACAAGGAGUAUAAGAAUGGACAUGAAACUGCUAUUUCAGUGUUACGACCCACAGACCCCCCUCGGAAAAAACUCACCCUCUUCCCCAUCAAAAAGUGGAAGAGUAGUGGAAAGUGAUCUUGCUUCCUUUAAGAAUCAUCUGUACAUGUCUCAAUUCACAAUGCAAGGUAUAAUUUUAGUAAACCAAUUCUUUCGUCCUUAGGUCAGCUGUUUCCCUCUGAGUUUUUCUCCUCGGCUUGAAGUAGGUCGGUAUAAGAAAUAGCUAGUUUUAUGAGAAACCCAAUUUUGCAUAGCAUUUACAAUUGGUAAUAAUCUGUUCCACUAAUUAUCUCGCCUCGCCUUUUUGCAAGCCACAAUAUAGACAUUUAUCUCAUA